CUAACCGUUUGUCCCUCUUCAGCUGCCGUUGAUGGAUGAAAGUGUCAGAACGACAAAAACACAACAACUACAACAGAACAGAGCAAGAAUGCGAAAUAACUAUAGCGCGCGACUGCAGUCAAGUGCACGCAUUCACUGAAAACUCAAAGGGUCUUCACUGUCAGCCUGUCUUAUCUCCACCUGAAGGUGUAAAUAUCAGUAAACACGCAUCUGAAGGACUCGCAGGCCCAGUUUAUGCUGUAUGAUGGAGUCGUGGGUGAGAUUCAGCGCGCAGAGUCAAGCCAAAGAGCGCGUGUUCAGGGCUGCCCAGUACGCCUGCACACUGCUGGGGUACACGCUGCAGAAAGGAGGCGCAAGAGCAGAACUGCUGCACACCAUCAAACAGCUGGAAGCUCACAUGAGCCUGACCAGAAAAUUGAUGCGUUUAGGGAACUCUGCAGAGGCACUGGAGGCAGCUAAACGCACUGUACAUCUGUCAGACUGUGUGUUGCGUCUUUGCAUCACAGUGGCCCAUUUAAACAGAGCAAUGUAUUUCGCCUGUGACAAUGUACUCUGGGCCGGCAAAACGGGAUUGCUGCCUGAACUGGACCAAAACAAAUGGAGCCAGAGGUCAUUUAGAUACUACUUGUUUGCACUCAUCCUCAACCUAACCCGAGACGUGUAUGAAAUCCAUCUGCUGAUGGAGAGAGAGUCCCGCAGCACUUCAUCUAAAAGCUUUAAUUCCAGUCCGUCCCCUCUCACUCUGACCACAGAGAACGGAGGGUUCCCCCUGACCCCCUCUCCACCUUCAGCCCUGUCUCCACUGCCUCCCCUCCCUCUGCUCUCAGCCAGGCUCAAAAAGCACUUCCGCCUCCUGGUCACUGUGCUGCGCAACAACCCUCCACUGCUCUUGGAUGUCCUGAAGAACAUGUGCGAUGUGUUCAUUCCACUGGACAGACUGGGACUGUACCCAACGGGGCCGGGCUUUAUAGGGGCCUGCGGUCUCACCUCCUCCAUCCUGUCCAUUCUCACUAUAGUUCACCCCUGGCUCAAACUCAAGCCUUGAAUGACAUGAUUAAAACUACACAUCCUGACUGUGUAUAUCUAACAAGAGCCUCUCUGAGGGUGUGUAGAUAGUGGAAAGCAGAAUAUUUGCUGCUACAUUCCAGUUUAAUUGCACAUUCAGCAAAACCUUCUCUUCUUCAUGGGUGGAAGAAACUGAAACAAGAGAUGGCAUAAAAAAAAAUAAAAAAAAAGUCAGUUAAACUUUAACCCUCGUGUUUGUAGUGAAAUCCAACACAGAGUAAAAGUUUUGCUGAUCUGAAGUCAUCAUUUUCAUUUUAAAUUUUAAUUUUUUUGGUAAACUGUCCCUUUAAGUCAUUAAGUCUGACACUGUCUUAGUCUGGCCUUAUUUGAAAUUGUUCCUCUUGCAUUACUGCAUAUAAAGGUUUAGUUUUCAGUAUGAUAUAUAUGGAUACUCUGAGUCAUAUCGUUCAUCUCCUGAGGCUGAACAGCUUAGAGGGAUAGUUCACCUAAAAAUGUAAAUUUAAAGGGUGAAUCUUAAGAAUUGUACUGAUCAAAUAUCAGUCCAUAAUCGAAUAGAAGAAAUUCUAUAUUAUAUAAUGAAAAUUAAGCCUAUUUUAGGACCAGCAUGGUUAUCAUUAUUGUAUUACUAUAUACAGUGUGUUUGUGUGUGUAUGUAUGUAUGUAUGUAUGUGUGUGUGUGUAUAUAUAUAUAUAUAUAUAUAUAUAUAUACACACACACACACACACAAACACACUGUAUAUACACUGGUGGCCAAAAGUUUGGAAUAAUGUACAGAUUUUGCUCUUAUGGAAAGAAAUUGGUACUUUAAUUCACUAAAGUGGCAUUCAACUGAUCACAAAGUAUAGUCAGGACAUUACUGAUGUAAAAAAACAACACCAUCACUAUUUUAGAAAAGUCAUUUUUGAUGAAAUCUAGACAGGUCCCAUUUCCAGCAGCCAUCACUCCAACACCUUAUCCUUGAGUAAUCAUGCUAAAUUGCUAAUUUGGUUAGAAAAUCACUUGCCAUUAUAUCAAACACAGCUGAAAGCUAUUUGAUUCAUUAAAUGAAGCUUAACAUUGUCUUUGUGUUUGUUUUUGAGUUGCCACAGUAUACAAUAGACUGGCAUAUCUUAAGGUCAAUAUUAGGUCAAAAAUGGCAAAAAAAGAAACAGAUUUCUCUAGAAACUCGUCAGUCAAUCAUUGUUAUGAGGAAUGAAGGUUAUACGAAACUGAAGAUUUAAUUCAAAGGUGUACACUACAGUCUUCGAAGAUAAGUGACAACUGGCUCUAACAAGGACAGAAAGAGAUGUGGAAGGCCAGAUGUACAACUAAACAAGAGGAUAAGUACAUCAGAGUCUCUAGUUUGAGAAAUAGACACCUCACAUGUCCUCAGCUGACAGCUUCAUUGAAUUCUACCCGCUCAACACCAGUUUCAUGUACAACAGUAAAGAGAAGACUCAGGGGUGCAGGCCUUAUGGGAAGAACUGCAAAGAAAAAGCCACUUUUGAAACAGAAAUACAAAAAGAAAAGGUUAGAGUGGGCAAAGAAACAGACAUUGGACAACAGAUAAUUGGAAAAGAGUGUUAUGGAUCUUAACCCCAUUGAGUUUUUGUGGGAUCAUCUAGACUGUAAGGUGUGUGAGAAGUGCCCGACAAGACAGCCACAUCUAUGUCAAGUGCUACAGGAAGUGUGGGGUGAAACCUGAGUAUCUGGACAAACUGACAGCUAGAAUGCCAAGGAUCUGCAAAGCUGUCAUUGCUGCACAUGGAGGAUUUUUUGAUGAGAACUCUUUGAAGUAGUUUAAGAAGUUCUGAAUUUAUUUUUUAUUUUUUCAAAUUGUAAUAGUAAUUUUUCAUGUUAUUAAUGUCCUGACUAUACAUUGUGAUCAGUUGAAUGCCACUUAGGUGAAUAAAAGUACCAAUUUCUUUCUAUAAGAGCCAAAUCUGUACAUUAUUCCAAACUUUUGGCCACCAGUGUAUAAUAUAUAUAUAUAUAUAUAUCGGUACACACACCGAUCAGUCACAACAUUAAAACCACCUGCCUAAUAUUGUGCAGGUCCCCCUCGUGCCACCAAAUAGCAUUCUGAGAUUACAGUUGUGCUCAAACGUUUGCAUACGCUUGGAGAAUUGGUAAUAUAUGUACCAUUUUUAAAGAAAACAUGAGUGAGCAGGCAAAACACAUUUCUUUUAUUUCUUAUGGGAUUCAUAUUCAACUGUAGGUUAUAACAGAAUGGCACAAUCAUAAAACAAAACAUGGUAACAAUGAAAAAAAUGAAAUGACCGCACGUUUGAGAUCUCCCCAGAGUGGCUCGAUGAUAUUAAGGUCAGGAGACUGUGAUGGCCACUCCAGAACCUUCACCUUUUACUGCUGUGACCACUGGAGGGUCAACUUAGCCUUGUGCUUAGGGUCAUUGUCGUGCUGGAAAGUCCAAGAGCGUCCCAUGCGCAGCUUUCGUGCAGAAGAAUGCAAAUUGUCUGCCGGUAUUUUCUGAUAACAUGCUGCAUUCAUCUUGCCAUCAAUUUUCACAAGAUUCCCCGUGCCUUUAGAGCUCACACCCCCCCAAAACAUCAGUGAGCCACCACCAUGCUUCACAGUGGGGAUGGUAUUCUUUUCACUAUAGGCCUUGUUGACCCCUCUCCAAACAUAGCGCUUACGGUUGUGACCAUAAAGCUCUAUUUUGGUCUCGUCACUCCAAAUAACAGUGUGCCAGAAACUGUGAGGCAUGUCAAGGUGUUGUUGGGCAUAUUGUAACCGGGCUUUUUUGUGGCAUUGGUGCAGUAAAGGCUUAUUUCUGGCAACUCGACCGUGCAGCUCAUUUUUGUUCAAGUAUCGUCGUAUUGUGCUCCUUGAAACAACCACACCGUCUUUUUCCAGAGCAGCCUGUUUUUCUCCUGAGGUUACCUGUGGGUUUUUCUUUGUAUCCCAAACAAUUCUUCUGGCAGUUGUGGCUGAAAUCUUUCUUGGUCUACCUGACCUUGGCUUGGUAUCAAGAGAUCCCCGAAUUUUCCACUUCUUAAUAAGUGAUUGAACAGUACUGACUGGCAUUUUCAAGGCUUUGGAUAUCUUUUUAUAUCCUUUUCCAUCUUUAUAAAGUUCCAUUACCUUGUUACGCAGGUCUUUUGACAGUUCUUUUCUGAUCCCCAUGGCUCAGUAUCUAGCCUGCUUAGUGCAUCCACAUGAGAGCUAACUGUUUAUACACAGGCACUAAUUGCAAUUUAAAAAGCCACAGGUGUGGGAAAUUAACCUUUAGUUGCCAUUUAAACCUGUGUGUGUCACCUUGUGUGUCUGUAACACCGCCAAACAUUCAAGGGUAUGUAAACUUUUGAUCAGGGCCAUUUGGGUGAUUUCUGUUAUCAUUAUGAUUUAAAAAGGAGCCAAACAACUAUGUGAUAAUAAAUGGCUUCAUAUGAUCACUAUCCUUAAAUAAAAGACAUGAUCAGUCAUAUUUUCAAAAUCAAUGCCAAAAUUUCUGCCAGGGUAUGCAAACUUUUGAGCACAACUGUAUAUUCUUCUCACCACAAUUGUACAGAGCGGUUAUCUGAGUUACUGUAGACUUUGUCAGUUCAAACCAGUCUGGCCAUUCUCUGUUGACCUCUCUCAUCAACAAGGCGUUUCUGUCCAUAGAACUGUUUACAUCAACCAUCAGAAUGGGGAAAAAAUUUGAUCUCUGUGUUUUGGACCGUGGCAUGAUUGAUGGUGCCAAAUGGGCUGGUUUGAGUAUUUCUGUAACUGCUGAUCUCCUGGAAUUUUCCCACACAACAGUCUCUAGAAUUUACUCCGAAUGGUGCCAAAAACAAAAAACAUCCAGUAAGCGGCAGUUCUAUUGACGGAUAUGUCUUGUUGAUGAGAGAGGUCAACAGAGAAUGGCCAGACUGGUUUGAACUGACAAAGUCUACAGUAACUCCGAUAACCGCUCUGUACAAUUGUGGUGAGAAAAAUAUAAUCUCAGAAUGCUAUUCUGAGAUGCGGGUUGCUGCUGUUUUGGCGGCAUGAAGGGGACCUAAACAAUAUAAUAUUAGGGAGGUGGUUUUAAUGUUGUGGCUGAUCGGUGUAUAUGUAUUAAUAAAGAAAACCCAGAUAUUUCUUGACAGUUUUCAUGUUCACUUUAAAUUGCUGCAUUUUAUUGAGCUUAAAAUGUAAUUGACAAAUUCUGAGGAGUGUCAUAAACUUUGCUAAGCAGAUGCUGUUGUAUAAGUACACUGAUUAAUUCAGUAACAGUUGCCGUUUAAUGUUCAAGGAUCUUUUAAAUCUUUAUUUGUGUUGAAAGCUGUUUCUUAUAUUGCUUAAGUUGAUUCUCUUAAUGAAGUUUCAAAACUAAUUUCAACACUGGUACUUUACUUGUGCAGUGACUUAACAAAUUAUCAACCAAAAAUGAUUUUGGAAAAUUAUAUAGGCCUACAGGUUAAUGAUUUUCUUAAUGAAUUAUCAACUGAAAACUGUGGUCAUGAGUAAUGGAAAAACUUCUAAGCUUUUUGAAAUGACAUUGAAGAGUCCCUUUUAUCUCAUAUCUGAAUCAAAGCAGCAUCGGCGAUCUAAUGUAUUUCAUGUAACAUAGCUAUAUUUUGGGACUACGUGAUGGGAGAUUUUUCUCUUCCUGAAUGUUAAUGCUAUGCAUCACUGGGGUUACCUGAUUAGUGACAUGUUGAAUUUGUGAGUGUAACUUUUGAAAUAAAUAAUGCCUUGAAUUU